AUGUCUUCCCACGAUGACUAUGCCCCACGCCCACGUCGAGACCGUGCACGAUACGAUGCCGACGGCGGUCUCCGCUAUCCAGAUGACGAUGACUAUGCCGACCAUCGAAAGUCGGCUCCACGCCACCCUCGCUACGAGUCAUCCCCUCCGCCCAUUGACCCUCAUGACGUGCCACGACGCAAGAGAGACAUUGAUCCUCGAGACAUUGAGCCCAAAGCCGCUCGCGAUGUGAAAGAUGACCCUCCCCGAUAUCGCGAGGAUGAUGAUGCCAAACCAGGCAAAUCCAACACUGCGGCACCAAGGAGAAGACGAAGCUUUGAAGACGACGACAACGCAGCUCGUCGUAAUCCAAGAAAUGGAAACGGAGAUGGAGUAGCCUACGGGCGCUCUAAAGGAUACCGCGAGCCAAUCCCAGAGCCAGACGUCGUUGCAGCUGACCGUGAGAACCACAAAGCUCGACCGGCCCGGCACAGAGAUUAUGAUGACGAUUUUCAACCCCCUCCACCUCGUCGCGCCAACACCCAGAGAGAACCAGACCGUCGUCGUCGAGACGAUCUUCCUUAUGAAGACGAGCUGCAUCGGCCCCGUCGUCAUCGCAGUCCAGAGGACAGACACUCCGACCGCGAGCGAGGAUACCGAUCUGACCCUCGCGAUGCACUAAAACACAGGAGGGAUGACGAUCGAUACGAUGACCGCAGACACCGUGGUGCUGGUGCCUCCCGCCGUGACGAAGGCUAUGCGUCGGAUCGGGGACGCUCUGACCGAGAUAGGAUGAGGGAUCGUGAUCGCGAUCGAGAUCGAGACCGAGACUACCGCGACCGGGACCGGGACCGAGAUCGAGAUCGAGACAGGGAGCGCAGGCGCUACGAUUCUGACCGCGAAAGAGAUCGUCAUCGAGACAGGGACAGAGACAGAGAUCGACACGACAGUCGAGACGGAGACCGAAGGGACAAGAAAAAGGGGUUCUCACUCGACAACAUCAAUGACCUCGUCGAACAAGGCCAGAAACAUUACAAGACUCUGGCGCCGGUGAUCACCAGCCUGACCAAGAUGUACAUGGACAACAAAAAGUAA